AUGGAAGAAGAUAAUGUAACACCCUCCUCUUCGAUUUUAAAUUCAGCAAGUAAAGACAGAAAAUACGUGCAAAAAUUUAAAACUUCUUGGCUGGAGCAUCCUGAUUUUAAGUCUUGGCUGAAGAAACCUGAUAAAGGAAAUGGAAGAUCCUAUGAGGCCUUGAAACUUAAAAUGAUGAACACCAUGGCUCCAGGGGGUCCGGGUGAUCCUCAUACACAAAUGAAUACAUAUAGAAGUUAUGUGACCAUGUUAGCUGAUCCAGGUGCUAAAGACGAAAUCAAACUUAAAGCAGCUCAAGAACUUAGCGAAAAUUUUGAAGUCAUUCUGAGUUCAUCUCAAUAUCCUCAAUUUCUGGACCAUUCACUCAAAAUUUUUUUAAAAAUACUACAAGAAGGUGAGCCUCAUUUCAUUGCCGAGUAUAACAUUCAACAAGUAAGAAAACUUAUUCUGGAAAUGAUACACCGCUUACCAAUCAGUGAGACAUUAAGGCCCUAUGUCAAAAGCAUCCUUAUCCUGAUGUUAAAGUUGAUGGAGAUAGAAAAUGAGGAGAAUGUGUUGGUUUGUUUGAAGAUAUUCAUGGAGUUGCACAAACAAUACAGACCUCCUUACAGCGCCGAAGUUGAUAUACACAAAUUCCUACAAUGGGUGAAAGGAAUUUAUUCUGAUUUGCCUAAUCAUUUACCCAAAAUUUUUGAACCCAAACCUACUAUACGAGUAAAAGAUCUAUCAGAGGUGAACAUAGAGCAACUAUUGCAAGAGACAUAUACCACUACGCCCAUACACACAGAAAAAAAAUUACUUGAUGGCAGUGUUGUUACUUAUAAUCUUAUUCCUAGAUCAGUAUUAUCAUUAAAAGUAAUACAAGAACUACCAAUUAUCGUUGUACUAAUGUAUCAACUAUAUAAACAGAAUGUGCAUCAAGAAGUAAGCAAUUUUAUACCUCUCAUUAUGGAAACUAUAACUUUACAACCAGCUGCUACCCACAGGCAAUCAGCAUCUUUUAAUAAAGAAGUUUUUGUUGACUUCAUGGGUGCACAAAUCAAAACAUUAGCAUUUCUAGCUUAUAUUAUAAGGAUAUAUCAAGAUACAAUAGCUAAUCAUGCUAACUUGAUGGUCAAAGGAAUUAUUGGUCUUCUAACUCUGUGUCCACCAGAAGUAGCACACCUUAGAAAAGAAUUAGUAAUAGCAACACGACACAUUUUGGCUACAGAUCUAAGGCUAAAGUUUGUUCCUUACAUGGAGCGUUUGUUCGACGAGGACGUAUUGCUAGGCGGCGGUUGGACGGUGCAUGAGUCGCUGAGGCCUCUGGCCUACUCAACUCUAGCUGAUCUAGUACAUCAUGUCCGGCAACAUCUGCCUCUGUCUGAUCUCGCUAUUGCUGCUCAUUUAUUUUCCAAGAAUGUACAUGAUGAGUCUCUGCCUACUAGCAUUCAGACUAUGUCGUGCAAGCUGCUGCUGAACCUGGUGGACUGCAUCCGGCAGCGGUCGGAGAGCGAGGGCGCGGCGGGCGGCGCGCAGCCGCAGGGCCGCCAGCUGCUCAUGCGCAUCCUCGAGGUCUUCGUGCUCAAGUUCAAGACCAUCUCCAAACUGCAGCUGCCUGCUCUGAUGGCGAAGUGCAAACAAACGACCCCGGCGCUAAAUGGCACAAAUGGAACUACUCCGAGCACACCAACCACAUCUGCGCCGAGUACUUCGUCUCCUGAAGUGAAAAUAGAAGACGAUAAACAUUCAGUGGACUUCCUCGAUAGCAUCAACAGAGCCGAAGAGAAAUCGAAAAUAGGUUUCCCUAGUUCGCAGAUGAGCAACCUCAAUGUCGGCGACUAUAGGACUUUGGUUAAAACACUUGUGUGUGGAGUGAAGACUAUUACAUGGGGAUGUGCGUCUUGUAAAAGCUCGAGCGGAGGCGACGGCGGCGCGGCGGGCGCGGCGGCGGUGGCGGGGGUGUCGGGGGCGGCGGGCGCGGCGGCCGCGGCGGCGGGCACCAUCGCGGGCCAGAAGCAGCUGAGCGCGCGCGAGACGCUGGUGUUCAUCCGGCUGGUGCGCUGGGGGCUGCAGUCGCUCGACAUCUACACGCUGGCGGCGCCGCGCGCGCCCGCGCACCCCCCCGCGCAGCCGCACGUGCGCUCCAAGGAGGAGAAGGAGGUGCUCGAGCACUUCAGCGGAGUCUUUUCCAUGAUGAAUCCUCAAACAUUUCAAGAGAUUUUUACUGCGACGAUUUCUCAUAUGGUAGAAAGAAUCAACAAAAACAUGACACUACAAAUAAUUGCAAACACCUUUCUGUCUAAUCCGGCCACGUCUCCUAUUUUCGCAACUGUUUUGGUGGAAUAUUUACUAAAAAGAAUGGAAGAAAUGGGCACGAACAUCGAAAGGUCAAACUUAUACCUCAGGCUAUUUAAACUGGUGUUCGGUUCAGUUAGUUUAUUUCCAACAGAAAAUGAACAAAUGUUACGACCGCAUUUGCAUAGCAUCGUGAACAAAGCAAUGGAUUAUGCCAUGACUGCUAAGGAACCAUACAACUACUUUCUGUUAUUGAGAGCUCUUUUCCGGUCAAUAGGAGGGGGAAGCCACGAUUUACUUUAUCAGGAAUUUUUGCCAUUACUGCCCAACCUUUUGGAAGGUCUCAAUCGUCUUCAAAGUGGCCUACAUAAGCAACACAUGAAGGACCUAUUUGUGGAGUUGUGUUUAACAGUACCUGUCAGAUUAAGCAGCCUGUUGCCCUAUUUGCCGAUGCUCAUGGAUCCUUUAGUAUCCGCACUAAAUGGUUCUCAUACCUUGAUAUCACAAGGUUUACGUACUCUAGAACUCUGUGUCGACAACUUACAGCCAGACUUUUUAUAUGAACACAUACAACCAGUUAGGGCAGAUCUUAUGCAGGCGCUUUGGAGGACGUUGCAAAACAAUGAGGUUGCUAGGAUAGCGUUCAGAGUUCUCGGGAAAUUCGGUGGUGGCAAUAGAAAAAUGAUGAUUGAACCUCAAAGAUUGGAGUACCGCGAGACAGAUGCGCCCCCACCUGCAGUGCAGGCCUAUUUCCAGGAUCAACCAAAACCAAUAGACUUCGAAGUAGAUAAAGUAAUAGAAACAGCCUUUUCUGCUCUAAAGUCCAGUACAACUGAUCCAUUUUAUCGCCGCCAGUGCUGGGAAGUGCUUCGUUGUUAUUUAGCAGCUUCAUUGAAUUUAGAAGAUGACAAGGCAACGCUCCAGAAGCUGUUCAAUCAUCCAAGCUUUGUUGAGGGUAAAAUACCACCGCAAAAUGGGCCUUACUAUAAAUGUUCCAAUACAGUUGUUAGAAAUACUCAUCGAACAGCUUUAACCGGUAUGUUCGUUGCCGCAGCCAUCAAGGAAUUGAGACAGCAUGUUCUUCCGACGAUGGUAUCGCUUGUACGUCAUUAUACUUUGGUAGCGAUUGCUCAGGAAGCUGGUCCUUUCGCCGGCUCAGGGGGCCCUAAAGAAGGUCUUGAUGCGUUAGUUUUAGUGGAUGCAAUUGCUGUAGUUAUGGGACACGAAGAAAAAGAACUCUGUAAGCCUGGGCAUUUGGCUUUGGUUCUUAUGAUUGAGACUGCAGGCACUGUUCUUGGCAGUAAGGAACGUGCUUGCCGCUUACCAUUGAUGGAAUAUCUCGCAGAAAGAAUGUCAUCACUUUGCUAUGAACGAGCUUGGUACGCGAAGUUGGGCGGAUGUAUAGCUGUGAAAUUCAUGUUUGAGAAGAUGGCGCCAGAGUGGGUUUAUAAGCAUGUCUUUACGUUCCUGAAGGCCGUACUGUUCGUGAUGAUGGACUUGACGGGCGAAGUAUCGUCGGGUGCUAUCGAUAUGGCCACUAUAAAUUUGGAGCGUCUUGUUCGCGUGUGCGUGUCUGGACCUAGUGGGCAAGGGCUAGAACCUGAAGGAGAUGUUGCUGCAGCAAAGGCUCGUGCUCUUCACGAUGUCUUACAGGAAUUGGUACUUCAAAUUACAAGUCCCCAUUUGCUUGUUCGUCAACAGGCAAUGAAAUCGUUGGAACUCAUAGCGGAAUUACAAAAUAAAACAGUAACAGAAGUAAUGGAUCCUCAUAGAGAGGCGAUAGCGGAUAUCAUACCGCCGAAAAAGCACUUGUUGCGGCAUCAGCCUGCUAACGCACAAAUGGGUCUCAUGGAUGGAACCACAUUCUGUACAACGCUAAAACCGCGACUUUUUACAAUAGAUCUGAACAUAAAUGAGCACAAGGUGUUCUUCCGCGAGCUGCUGUCUUUGUGCGAAGCUGAGGACGGCAUGCUAGGCAAGUUACCGUGCUACAAGGGCGUCAACCUGGUGCCGCUGCGCGCGUCCGCCUUGCGUGCGCUGGCCGCCUGCCACUACAUACAGGAGAAGCACUGCCGCGAGAAGAUAUUCCAGGUGCUCUACAAGUCGCUCGAGAAGAAUGACCCGGAGCUGCAGCAGGCUGGAUUUGAAUGCAUGCAGAAAUUCUUAGCGGGCUUCCAAAUCGAUAUGGAAAUGGUUCAUCCAGUAAUGAGACCAUUACUACUAACGCUUGGCGAUCACCGCAAUCUAAGCGUGAACGGAGCUAAACGACUCUCAUAUCUCACACAAUUAUUCCCCUCUACGUUUAGUGAGAAGCUCUGUGAGCAGUUAUUACAAUUACUGAAGAAACUGUUGGAUUAUUCUAUACAAACAAAUAGAGGGGGUAACUUCCUACAAAGUGUUUCGAAAAACAUGGAAAAUGAACAGAAGAUAAUAAUACUUAUUGGAAUAUUCCAUCAAAUUCCUGCUGCGUCGCCGCGUUUUAUAGAUGUUCUGUGCCGUCUGAUAUUACAUACAGAAAAAUCAUUAAUGAUUGAGGCUGGCUCACCAUUCAGAGAACCCUUAGUUAAAUUUCUUUUAAGGUAUCCAAAGGAGACACUAGACCUUAUUAUGAGUGAUAACAACAUUAAAGAUCAACAAUGGAGUCGAUUCCUCGUGUUUCUGGUCAAGCACUCAGAAGCAGGCCCUGCUUUCCGUGAAGCGCUACAGACAUCCAAGAAGACUCGUCUCUUGCAACUACUGGCGGCGAACAGUGGAGGCGCUGCCGCUUCCAUACCGCAGGCUGACAGAGCCGAGAUGCAGUUCCAAGCUAUAAGAGUUAUCUCUUUGCUUAUUAAAUAUGAUGACCAAUGGCUCUCGACUCAACAUGAUCUAAUAGAAUUACUUAAACGUAUUUGGUGCAGUGAUCAAUACCAUGAAAUUCACAAGAAAGUAGAGAAUGUCGACUGCACACAUUGGAAAGAACCUAAAUUAAUAGUGAAGAUAUUAUUGCACUACUUCUGUCACCAUCCAUCUAAUAUAGAUUUGUUGUUUCAACUACUGCGUGCUCUGUGCGACCGAUUUGUACCAGAUUUCCAGUUCCUUCGCGAUUUCCUUGAAAAUACAGUAGCGCAAAAUUACACUGUGGAAUGGAAGCGCUCGGCAUUCUUCCGCUUCGUAGAACAUUUCUCCAGUGACGCCAUGUCGCAAGAUCUAAAGGCCAAAGUAUUACAAAUGAUUUUGAUACCUUGCUUUGCGGUCAGCUUCGAGAAGGGUCAAAAGAUUGUCGGUGGGCCCCCUGCGCCGUACCAAGACAAUCCAGACAAUGUUGUCUCUGUGUUUAUUAAUAAUGUGAUCGACCCGGAGAACCCGUUCGCGUGCUCGGACGCGGUGCGCAUCUCGCUGCUGCAGUUCGCGUGCCUGCUGCUGGAGCAGGCGUCGGCGCACAUCCACGACGCCAACAAUAAGAAGCAGGGCAACAAGCUGCGCCGCCUUAUGACCUUCGCCUGGCCGUGCCUGCUCGGCAAGAACUACGUCGAUCCUGCGACUAGGUAUCAUGGACACUUACUGCUGAGUCAUAUCAUCGCGAAAUUUGCGAUCCAUAAGCGGAUUGUCUUGCAAGUAUUCCACAGCCUGCUGAAGGCGCACGCGGUGGAGGCGCGCGCCGUGGUGCGCCAGGCGCUGGAGAUCCUCACGCCCGCCAUGCCGCAGCGCAUGGAGGACGGCAACACCAUGCUCACGCACUGGACCAAGAAGAUCAUCGUCGAGGACGGACACUCUGUACAGCAGCUCUUCCACAUACUGCAGCUUGUCGUCAGGCAUUACAAGGUAUACUACCCGGUGCGGCACGCGCUGGUGGGGCACAUGGUGGCGGCCAUGCAGCGGCUGGGCUUCUCGGCGACCGCGUCGCUGGAGCACCGGCGCCUCGCCGUGGACCUGGCCGAGGUCGCGCUCAAGUGGGAGCUGCAGCGCCUGCGCGACCAUGCGCACGACGACACCGUCGUGGCGACUUCACCGAGCGGCGCGAUGAAGCGCGUGUCGGCGGACGAAGGCGGCGGGGAGUCGCGCAAGGCGCUGAACACGGGCUGGGCCAGCCCGCAGGCCAGCUCCUCGCGCCUCGAGCCCGACGCCGCCAAGCCGCUCGACCGCGCGCACGUCGACGUCGUCGUCAAUCUGCUGCUGCGCCUCGCCUGCCAGGUGAACGAGGGCAGCGUGGCGGGCGCGGGUGCGGGCGCUGCGGGCGGCUCGCCGGGCGAGCAGCUGUCGCGCCGCUGCGUGCUGCUGCUCAAGACCGCGCUCAAGCCCGACCUCUGGCCGCACCUCUGCGAGCCCAAGCUCGCCUGGCUCGACAAGGUGUUCUCUACGGCGGACAGCAAUGCGGCGGCUUGCGCGAACGCAUGCACGGCGCUGGAGCUGCUGGCGUUCCUGCUGGGCGUGCUGCGGCGCGAGCAGUGCCUGGCGGCGCUCAAGCCGCUGCAGCGUGGCUUGGCCGCCUGCGUCGCCUCGUCCAACGCCAAGGUGGUGCGCCUCACGCACAACCUGCUCGCUAAGCUCACCGCGCUAUUCCCCACCGAGCCCUCCGGCGCCGCGCAGGCCUGCAAGUACGAGGAGCUGGAAACGCUGUACGCGUGCGUGAGCAAGUACGCGUUCGAGGGGCUGGCAACGUACGAGAAGUGCGCGGCGGGCGGGGGUGCGGCUGCGGGCGGCGCGGCGGCGGGCACGGGCGCGGGGGCGGCGGCGGGCGGCGCGGGCGCGCUGCUGGGCCCGCUCAUGAUGCUGAAGGCGUGCUGCGCGUCGAGCGCCGGCUACGUAGACCGGCUGCUGCUGCCGCUCAUGCGCGUGCUACAGCGCAUGCUGCGCGACCACGUCGCUCCCAACCCGGACCCCGCCGUCUCCGACCUGCUCAUUUUAGCAUUAGAUCUUCUCAAAGCACGAGUGUCUGUUAUGCCUGUUGAUACAAGAAAAACAUUUAUUGGAACAGUUCUAGUUGGGCUCAUUGAAAAGACUACCGAUGCUAAGGUAAUGAAGGCCAUCAUUCGCAUGGUGGAGGAGUGGGUGAAGUGGCGCGGGGUGGCCGUCACCGGAGCCGCGCCAUCACUUCGCGAAAAGUCUAUAUUACUUGUCAAGCUUAUGCAAUAUGUCGAAAAACGAUUCCCUGAUGACCUAGAGCUCAACGCACACUUUCUGGACCUGAUUAAUUAUGUCUACAGAGACGAGCAUUUGAAAAUGACCGAACUGUCAAUGAAGCUGGAGCCCGCAUUCCUGGCUGGGCUGCGUUGUCCUCAGCCACACAUCCGCGCAAAAUUCUUCGAGGUGUACGACCAGAGCGUGCGCCGCCGUAUAUUCGACCGCCUCCUCUACAUCAUCUGCUCACAGAACUGGGAGCACAUUGGCCAGCACUACUGGAUUAAACAGUGCCUUGAAUUGCUUCUUGUUACAUGUGUUUCUAGCACUCAAAUUCGACUAUCCAAUUCCAAAUAUCUUCUUCCUAAUAUAUCUGCAGUUAUUAAUUUAGCAGACAGUGAGGAUCGCAAGUCUUUUGUUAUAUUCAGUAAUGUAAAAGAGGAGUCUGCUGAUGGCUUUAGUGACACCAUAGAUCCAGAUAAAGAAGAUGUACUUGAUAUGGACUUGGACUCGAGCUCAAAUCAAAAAGAAGAAUUAACAAAGAAUGUACCAAACAGACAAAGAGCACUAAACCAGAUAGUGGCGAAGCAAUCUGAGUUUUUGGAGCUGGCCCGACGAGUGCGCACGGAGCAGCUGGUGGCGGCGGCGGCGCAGCUGUGCCACAUGGACGACGCGCUGGCGCACCACUCCUGGCUGCGCCUGCUGCCCAAGCUGUGGGCCGCGCUCGACGAGCGCCAGCUGGGGACGGUGAUGAAUGAAAUUGUACCAUUCAUUAUCUCAGGUGUGCAUGUCAUACAACGAGAUCAACCACUCAGUGCGCUUAACACAUUUAUUGAAGCUUUAGCUCGUUGUAAUCCGCCUAUUACGAUAAAACCCCCUAUGAUGAAAUAUCUCGGCAAAACACACAAUCUUUGGCAUCGAAUGACUUUGAAUCUCGAACAAAUGGCUAUUGAACAAGCAAAUGGUCGAGGUAAUCGUGAACAAAUGGAAAUCUACGAUUACGACACUGAAACCACUACACCUACGGACAUUCUUGACUCAUUAAGCGAUAUGUACGAACUUUUACAAGAAGAGGACAUGUGGUCUGGGUUAUGGCUAAAACACGCACGGUAUCGUGAGACGAAUGUCGCUAUCGCGUAUGAACAGCAAGGUUUUUUCGAACAGGCACAGGCCGCGUAUGACGUCGCUAUGGCAAAACUCAAACAGGAAUACACCGCAAACCCUUCAUCCUACAAUAUGCACAAGGAAUGCACACUAUGGACACAGCAUUGGAUCAAAUGUGCUAAAGAGUUGAAUCAGUGGGACUCAUUGCUUGAAUUAGGCCUUACAAGGAGCGUCCGUGACCCGUUUUUGAUUCUAGAGAGCUCGUGGAGAAAUCCUAACUGGCCGACAAUGAAAGAUGCUCUAGCGGAGGUGGAAUAUAACUGUCCUAAAGAAUUAGCGUGGUUGGUGAACCUGUACCGCGGGUACCUGUGCAUCUGCGCGGGCGGCGAGCAGCAGCUCGGAGGUGUGGAGCGGCACGCGGAGGCGGCCGCGGCGCAGUGUCUGCGCGAGUGGCGCCGCCUGCCGCGCGUCGUGUCGCACGCGCACCUGCCGCUGCUCCGCGCCGCGCAGCAGCUCAUGGAGCUCAGCGAGGCCGCGCAGAUACACACCGUACGUAUCUACAUACCUACGUACCUCGGUACCGCAGUGCUGCGCGAGUGGCGCCGCCUGCCGCGUGUUGUGUCGCACGCGCACCUGCCGCUGCUCCGCGCCGCGCAGCAGCUCAUGGAGCUCAGCGAGGCCGCGCAGAUACACACCGUACGUAUCUCCGUACCUACGUACCUCGGUACCGCAGCGCUGCGCGAGUGGCGCCGCCUGCCGCGUGUUGUGUCGCACGCGCACCUGCCGCUGCUCCGCGCCGCGCAGCAGCUCAUGGAGCUCAGCGAGGCCGCGCAGAUACACACCGUACGUAUCUACGUACCUACGUACCUCGGUACCGCAGCGCUGCGCGAGUGGCGCCGCCUGCCGCGUGUCGUGUCGCACGCGCACCUGACGCUGCUCCGCGCCGCGCAGCAGCUCAUGGAGCUUAGCGAGGCCGCGCAGAUACACACCGUACCGCUGCGCGAGUGGCGCCGCCUGCCGCGUGUCGUGUCGCACGCGCACCUGCCGCUGCUCCGCGCCGCGCAGCAGCUCAUGGAGCUCAGCGAGGCCGCCCAGAUAAACACCGUACGUAUCUACGUACCUACGUACCUCGGUACAGCAGCGCUGCGCGAGCGGCGCCGCCUGCCGCGUGUCGUGUCGCGCGCGCACCUGUCGCUGCUCCGCGCCGCGCAGCAGCUCAUGGAGCUCAGCGAGGCCGCGCAGAUGCACACCGUACGUAUCUACGUACCUACGUACCUCGGUACCGCAGCGCUGCGCGAGUGGCGCCGCCUGCCGCGUGUAGUGUCGCACGCGCACCUGCCGCUGCUCCGCGCCGCGCAGCAGCUCAUGGAGCUCAGCGAGGACGUGCAGAUACACACCGUACGUAUCUACGUACCUACGUACCUCGGUACCGCAGCGCUGCCCGAGUGGCGCCGCGUGUACGUACCUACGUACCUCGGUACAGCAGCGCUGCGCGAGUGGCGCCGGCUGCCGCGUGUCGUGUCGCACGCGCACCUGCCGCUGCUCAGCGCCGCGCAGCAGCUCAUGGAGGUCAGCGAGGCCGCGCAGAUACACACCGUACGUAUCUACGUACCUACGUACCUCGGUACAGCAGCGCUGCGCGAGUAUCGCCGCCUGCCGCGUGUCGUGUCGCACGCGCACCUGCCGCUGCUCCGCGCCGCGCAGCCGCGCAGAUACACACCGUACGGACUCCUUCACAGCCGACCAACGUCGCUGCACGACAUGAAGGCGAUCGUGAAAACGUGGCGCAAUCGGCUUCCAGUGGUGGCCGACCCGCUGUCGCACUGGGGCGCCAUAUUCACCUGGCGACAGCACCACUACCAGUUCAUCGCCUCCCACUACGACUCGCAGACGGACCACGCCUCUAACCACAGCAUGCUAGGCGUACACGCUAGCGCACAGGCAAUAAUUCAUUUCGCAAAAAUAGCAAGAAAGCAUAAUCUGUCUGGCGUAUGCCUUGACUCGUUACAUCGAAUAUACACCAUACCGAGUGUUCCAAUAGUAGACUGCUUCCAGAAAAUACGACAGCAAGUGAAAUGCCAUAUUCAAAUGUCGUGGACAGAAGGAAAAGAUGAAUUAACGGAGGGUUUAGAGAUGAUUGAAUCUACCAACUUCAAAUAUUUCACAAAAGAGAUGACUGCUGAGUUUUAUGCGUUUAAAGGUCUCCUUUUAGCUCAAUUAGGACGUUCUGAAGAUGCGAACAAAGCCUUCGCGGCGGCUGUACAAUUGCAUGAUACGCUGGUGAAGGCAUGGGCUCUCUGGGGUGACUAUUUGGAACAAAUAUUUAUAAGAGAUCCGCGACAGAUUACUGUUGGAGUAUCAGCAAUGACUUGUUUCUUGCACGCUUGUCGACAUCAGAAUGAAUCAAAAUCGAGAAAAUACUGCGCCAAGGUUUUGUGGAUGUUGAGUUUCGACGACGACAAAAACAGUCUAGCUGAGGCACUAGAUAAGUAUUCAGUAGGAGUCCCCCCUGUGCAGUGGCUUCCGUGGAUACCGCAGCUGCUUGCCUGCCUUGUGCAGUACGACGGCAACGUUAUUCUGAACCUUCUUAGCCAUGUGGGGCGCCUAUAUCCGCAAGCGGUAUAUUUCCCGAUUCGCACAUUAUACUUGACACUCAAGAUCGAGCAACGUGAGAGACAUAAGAGCGCCGAGAACUUAGCCGCGCAUCUACCUCAUCAGCAGGGCGCUGCUGCUGCUGGCGGGCGCGGCGGGGGCGAGGCGGCGGGCGAGGCGGGCCCCAUCAAGGCGACGCUACCCAUGUGGCGCUGCUCCAAGAUCAUGCAGCUGCAGCGUGAGAUACACCCCACCGUGCUCUCCUCACUCGAGGGAAUCGUCGACCAGAUGGUGUGGUUCCGCGAGAACUGGUACGAGGAGGUGCUGCGGCAGCUGCGCGCGGGGCUGGCCAAGUGCCACGUGGUGGCGUUCCACCACCGCGCCGCCGUGGCCGACGCCACCGUCACGCCGCAUACGCUCAACUUCGUCAAGAAAGUCGUCUCCACCUUCGGCAUCGGCAUCGGCAUAAAAAGUGUUUCAACUUCUGUAAGUGGUGCAUUCUCUUCAGCUGCAUCGGAGAGUUUGGCGCGACGCGCCCAGGCAACUGUGCAGGACCCCGUCUUCCAGAAGAUGAAGACACAAUUCGCCGCUGACUUUGACUUCACACAACCCAACGCUAUGAAAUUACAGAAUUUAAUACAAAAGUUGAGGAAGUGGGUCAAGAUACUCGAGGCCAAAACAAAGGUUUUGCCCAAAUCAUUCCUCAUCGAAGAAAAAUGUAGAUUCUUGUCGAAUUUCAACCUAAAGACUGCUGAAAUAGAACUCCCUGGCGAGUUCCUGCUUCCAAAACAUACCCAUUACCACGUGCGAAUAGCGCGAUUUAUGCCUCGAGUCGAAAUAGUGCAGAAGCAUAACACGUCUGCGCGUCGUCUUUACAUACGAGGCCACAACGGAAAGAUAUACCCCUACCUUGUCGUCAACGACUCGGGAUUGGGCGAUGCGCGACGGGAAGAAAGAGUUCUGCAAAUGCUCAGGAUGUUAAACCACUACCUGGGUAAACAGAAAGAGACUUCUAGAAGAUUCCUUCACUUCACCGUGCCGCGAGUCGUCUCAGUCUCUCCGCAAAUGCGUCUUGUCGAAGAUAAUCCCAGCUCAAUAUCCUUGUUGGAUAUCUAUCGAACAGAAUGCGCUAACAGGGGCGUGGAAUACGAUGCCCCGGUGGCUCGGUACUACGAACGCCUGGCAGCGGUACAAGCUCGGGGCUCGCAGGCUUCCCAUCAGGUGCUACGUGACAUUUUGCGAGAGGUGCAAGCGACGAUGGUGCCGAAGGGCAUGGUGCGCGAGUGGGCGGCGGCGACGUUCGCGGCGCCCACCGACUACUGGACGUUCCGCAAGAUGCUCACGCUGCAGCUGGCGCUCGCCGCCUUCGCCGAGUACGUGCUGCACCUGACGCGCCUCAACCCCGACAUGCUCUACGUGCACCAGGACUCGGGACUGCUCAACGUCGCGUACUUCAAGUUUGACGUGGACGACACAACCGGCGAAUUAGACGGCAACCGGCCCGUCCCGUUCCGGCUCACGCCCAACAUCUCUGAACUGCUCACCAAUAUAGGCAUCACUGGACCAUUGACUGCCUCCGCAAUCGCCGUCGCUCGGUGCCUCGUCACACCUAACUUUAAGAUCCAAUCCAUUUUGCGGACGAUACUUCGCGACGAAAUGGUGACCGGUUAUAGGAAACGUUUGGAGGAUAAAUCCGGGUUGCCCACAGCUGGCACCUCGUCCGACAAUAAACCGAUGGAUAUGGACAACGAGACGAUAAUCAACAUGGUUAAUAAGGCCGUCACUGUAAUUAUGAACCGGCUCAACUCGCUCGCUUUGUUCGACGGCCCAGAUAGCAAAGUGGCCACUCUGGUCACAGCGGCCCACAGCCACGACAACCUGUGCCGAAUGGACCCGGCUUGGCAUCCCUGGCUUUAA